AUGGCCCGUCGCACACAAUCGCGUUAUAUCUUUGACAUUGAGGAUAACUACCGAGUUUUCCGCCAUCAGUUCUUCGUCAACGGGGCAAGGAGAGCGGAUUGCACCACAUGUGAAAGUCGAGUGCCAGCCAGCGAACCACACUAUCACCACUGGCGAAAUGACCUCAAAAACAACAGCAGCCAUUGCAUUCAAAUUGGCUCCGAGGAAAAGGAUAUCCUGAAUAGAAUCGAGGACCAGGCCAUCGAAGAGUUUAUCCUGUGUGAUGGAAGCAUUACGGCAAGGACCAACGACUUUCUUCUGGAAGCUGGAAUGGAUGCAGUUCCUCAACUGCUGCGAUUUUUGAGUUAUGGUACCGAAAAACUGGAGGUCACAGUCGGAUUCUAUGUGGAUGUGAAGAAGGAGCGAAUGUACUACGAAAGCAGUCCGUUGAAUAUCGAAAACCAUUUGGAUAUUGGUGAGGCUGUGGACAUGAUAUUCUCCAUGCUGCUGGAAAAGAUCAGCAACUAUGUGCUGCUCCAUCAAAGGGUGCCACUGGAGGCGUGUGUCAUCAGGAGGAUGAAGGUGACGGUCAAGAGAUUUUGCGUCUCCUCCAAAAGCAAUCCCUGCAAACUUCCUUUGCAAUACCGCGUGAAAAACGCAACAGAAGUUAACGGAAAAGGAAGUUUUAAAUAUUCCGGCGAAUUGGCAAAGCUUUCUGAAACUUAUAUCAAUAACAAGGAUACAAAUCAACAUAUUCCGGCUACGCUUAAAAUAAACCUGUACACUUUCCGGGUCUGCAGAACCUCCAAGGAACUAUAUGCGGUGCCGUACUUGCUCCGUGGCGAUGAUGUCGAGAACACGCCCACCUUCAUCAUUCAAACGGACGUGGUUGGUGACUUUCAGGGCUUGCUGGAGAUCCGAAAUAUUAGAAAGUUCCUGCGGGUGGCCACCCAGGAUCGGGUCUUCGAGUGCCGCCAGUGCCAAUCCCACUUUGUGGACCGGGUGCAUCUGGCCCUCCACAAACAGAUCUCCUGUGGCAGGAACUUUAUGGUGUGGCACAUGGACAAGGAUGCCAUCGAGUUGCACGAGAACUGUUUGCCUCUGCCGAAAAAGUACUUUAAAUAUGAAUGGGUCGGAUUGGCAGGCAAGAGCAUUUAAUGUAAUUUUUAGAAUACAAUUCGAUAUACAACUCAAUAAAUUAUUGAAAAUAGAUAAAAUGUUCUCAAUUCUAAUAUU